UUAAAUAAGUCUUUUUCAACACGGUUUGCGGUGAAAUCCAUAAAUCAGGUGGUGUUUAACAAUUUUUAGCCGAUAAACAGUGUUUGCCGGCGAAAAUUCGCGAAAAAUAAGGUGCGGAAAAUUUGCGUAAGGAAUUACAACAACAACAACAACAACAGUAUAUGUGUGUCGCGAGUGCGUAUAACAUUCCGGUCCACGAGCGCCGGAAGUGGCCGGAAACGGUAGUGUUCGUGCCCGUGAUCGAGUGUAUGCAAAAAACCGGACGAAAAACGGACGUAAAUCGCCGAAAAACAACGUGGUAAAAAAGUGUCAGGGGUGCUACCGCCGGAGCACGUGUCUCCGGGAAAAGGAGUUUAAUAGAAAAUCGCUAAUAACUUCGCGAGUUUUGGUCGGAUUUGUGUGCGGUUUUCACCGUUGGGUUAGUUUCGAUGCGAACAAUACGAUCCCAUAAAAAAAAAUAGUGAAAAUCGUGAAAAAAUUUUUGACAGUUUGUGAUGACAUCUGAGUGACAAGCAAUACCCAGGCGACAAAUAUUUUAUCGGCGAGCAGUUCCCAGGGGACAAAAAUUUGAACUUACCGUUACUGCUUGAAAACUGCCCGAUUUUUUAAAAAAGUGUGCGGAAAAUUCUGGGAAGGGGCCAGAAUCACAGCAGCUGGGCGGCGCAGCAUCCCUGGGGUCAUCUCGACCCCACGGGGUCAUAUCGAUCCCCAGGAUUAUCUUGACCCACAAGGGAGUUUACCACGAAGAUGGAACUCUCAAAUCGCAGUUUGAGGCCUCGGCAGCCAUCCGUCGAUUGCGGCAUGGGUGCGGUUCAGAAGAAAACCGCAGUGUCAGCCAAAAUUGACACUGGACGUACACCCCUGGCUGCACGUUUGAACGAGGAAAAUGAGGUUCGUCUGCACCUGAUGUUGCAGGCGGAGAAGGCGGAGAAGGCGGAACUGAUGAAGACGGUAGCAGGUCUCCAGGCCACUGUUGAGGGAUUGCAGAAGCAGCUUGCGGAGUCGCAGCAGGCCAGGCUUUCCGCCGAAGCGGACGCAAAGAAGGAGAGAGAUGCAUUGCUGGCCGAGAUCCGCGAUCUAGGGAAGCAAUUGCGCCAGGAGCUCUGCUGGCAACGCGGGCAACAGCAGCAAGCACAACCUGGUCCGUCAGUGACAACGGCGGUUACGCUCCCGGCCUACCAGGUGCCAACGGGAGAAGACAUCCGGCAAGUGGAGCAGCCCAGCUUCGCUGAGGUCGUCCGCCGCAAAUAUCGCGGCAUGGCUAAGGGGAAACCCCGGCAGCCCCCUCAGCAGCAGCAGCAGCAGGAAAACCAGCAGCAGCAUCAACAACAACAACAGCAGCAGCAGCGGCAGCCACAGCGACAGCAGGAUGCAGAUGCCGCUGUGCUGCUGCAGCGCAUCCAGGAGGAGGUCGGUGAUUUGGCCACUGGCCGGAUCAUCACGGAGAUGGCCGAGGUGAUGAUUACCGGCAUCGACAUGUUGGCCACAAAGAGGAUGUGGAACGUGGCCUGCAGCGGGCGCUGGAACGCACAGUAG